UUUUCAUACCUAUACACUUUUUUUAGAUUAAUUUGAAAUGGUGAAGUCCAAGAAAAAAAAAGAAAAAACUGCAGACUUCAAUAAAGUAAAAUUUAAAGUUGGAAAGCAUAAACCUAGAGGAGGUAAUGUCACUGAUACAUCAUUUAGAACAGCCACUAUAAAUAUUUCUGCUCAACUUGAAGUACGCAAUGUACCAACAAACAAAAGAAAUUUGUCAUUAAAGGAUUUACUCAAUCAAGUAAACCAUUAUAAUGCUACGAUUAGACAUGAAGCUAUGCUGGGAAUGCUUGACUUGUUUCAAUCUCAUCCUAAGGUUAUGCAUGAACAGUUGAGUGUUUGGAUACCUAAGGUAUUUGAAAGACUUUCUGACACUGACUCAGUUGUUCGCCAUUCUUUAUUUAUUUGUGUGAAAUAUGCAAUGAACAUUUUUGAAGAGAACGAAAUAGUUCCAUUUUAUAAAAUCAUGAUUGCUUAUAUUUGUUGUGGUAUGACACAUAUAAAUGAAGGUGUUCAAUUAGACUCACUUAAUAUACUAGAUAUUCUGUUAACUAAGUUUCCAGAAGCUUUUAUUCCGUUCUGGAAAAAAGUAUUGACCAAUUUCAUGGACUUAAUUUCAAAGCAAUCGUCAAAACAAACUAGUGCCUCUCAAAGUGUUAGAGGUACGAAAGUCAAAACGAAAGGAAGAGAAAUGAAUACAGUUGUAGGUGGAAAGUUGUCUUCUGUAAAAGGGCGUGAACAGAUUUUAGAAAAGUUAUACAAAAUGCUCAAAGUUAUGCUAACCUAUCAACAAUCUUUGCUUAAAAAAAAUGAAAAGUGCGAUUGUAUAGAUGAGACAGUUUGUGUUUCAGAAACUGUUGAGACUAACAUUCGCAUUUGCAAAUAUACAAUCAAAAUACCUGAAAUAGCUUAUACUGAUUUUGAAAGUUGGCUUGAAAAUAAUGAUGGAGGUGAAAGGAUUGGAGCUAAAUCAAAAGAAUUUGACAAUAUUUAUCAUUUAGUUGCAAUAGUUUUACCUGUUCUUAUAAACUGCUGGGUUGAGUAUGAUCCUGGUCAGCUAGUAUCUGGGUUCAUUGAUUCAAAUUCUUUAUCAUCACUUUUACCAGGUAUGAAAGCUACUAUUGAUACUUUAGAUGCACUUCUUAAUCUUUUGUGGUUAUCAACUCAUGAAAGAGAUAGAGAUGAUUUUAUUAAAAGUAACAUUGGGACAUUUAGAGAGUUUUAUGUUCAUUUUGUACAGCUGUUUUUCUUACCGAUGCAAAAUUCCAGAAGUAUGACGAAUAAUCACAGCAGUUCAGAUCCUUUGAAACAAUUUUAUAUUGAGUUUAACUUUGUAAUUGCGCGAAUAAUAUGUAAUUUGCUACUAUCAUCUCAAUGCGUUCUUGAUAUUAAACAACAAGAAAAAUGCAUUAAUAAAUUAGGAUUGUUUAUAACGGAUGCGCUUCAACUAAAAAUAAAUGGAAAUGAUUUUGUCUCCCAGCUUAUUAUUCUUGUAGAGAGCGUUUUUUUGUUGAAAACAAAACAGUCAAAAAGUCCAGAAAAAAAUCAACCAGACAAAGAAGCUUUUGAUAUAUUAAUAAUUUUGAAAGAAAUGAUCAAUAUUUUUUCUCGUGUUCAAUUUGAUUCAUCAUGGAAGAUUGCUCUUCUUCAAUUCUUCUCAAGAAUUAUGCACAAAGAGAAAGAUGAUCAAUUUUUAGAGAAAAAUAAAUGUGAUUAUAUUCUGGUAUCUUUUGUUGACUUAGUUGUGGAUAAUCUAUGUAUGUUACCAUCUGGAUUAGCUUAUUGCAAUUUGGUUCAGGAAUGUGUAAAAUUUAUAAAAGAUUUUUUCAUAAUUGGAAAUAUCAAUGAAAAAACAAGAGUUUUUACUAUAGAAGCACUGACUAAAUUUACAGAACCAAAUGGUGGUCUAUUUGUGCAUGCAUCCUCUGUAACCCAGAUGACAGCAAUUGAACUUGUUUAUGGCUUAUUUGAAGUUCCAUUAAACUUGUUGAAGAAUUUGACUUCACUUUGUAAUGAUAAUCGAAUUUCAAUUGUUUUAAAGAAAUACAUUAUAUCCGUUCUCUCUUUAUGUAUAAAGAAAAAAUCCCCUUCCAUAAGAAUUGAAGAGUAUAUCAGUUUUAUUAUCUCUGUUGUUACAGGUUAUUCAUUUUUACAACUACAAAGUAUUAAUGUGUCAAGCCAUUUAAGUUGGUGCACUUUAACUAUUCUGGAGGAUGAGCCUAAAGAACCAUUGUUGGAUUUUGCUAUUGAUCAGUUAAAACAAAUAGAUGGUUAUAUGAAUUUAUACUCAGUGUUAAUAAUUCCAAUUGAAAGACUGCUGCUCACACUACAAAGCAUCCCACUAAGUACUGCAAAAGGAUUAAUCAAGCUUCUUUUAAAUUUAUCAUCAUGGCAAAGUGAUUUUGGGGAUUCCAAAAAUCAAGAAGAACCUGUAAAUGAUCAAGUAGCUAACCUAGUGUCUUCUGUGCUGCUUUAUUCUCUAUCUGACACCUUCAAAUCAGAAAUAGCAAGAAGCAACAAAUUUGAUAAAGAUUUCCAACUUCUUUCUGAAUCAAUUAGUCUGCUCAGGAUCAAUAAAUCACUUUGUUGUCAUAUAAUAAAAAAAUGGAUUCAAAUUAUAAAAGACAAUAAAACGAAUCUGAAAUGUGUUGAAUCUAUUAUUGAAGUUCUCCUUUCUUUACUUGAAGAAUCUAAGUUACGUGAUGCAAUGAGGGAUUUAAAAACAGAUUUUGUAUCCGUUGAUCGUUUUUAUUAUGAGGUACCCGCAUUAUUGAAACCAACCAAGUUAUUGCAGUUAUUAGCGAUGCAUGUUUCUUUACUUUGACGAUUCCAAACAAAUCAAGCAAAAAAACCUAAUGCUAAUAAUAAAAUAUUUUUUUAACUUCA